UCAACCAUGAGCUACAAAAAUUGUCCUCUGUCAGAGAGAGCAGCUUGGCUAAAAACUCACCUUCUGUCUAGGCACUCCAUGCAGCUCCUGAUGACUCGGGCUGUGAGGUCAUCCAGUGAGACCAGGGAGGUUCUGUCGCUGUGGUUGUGUUUGACAGAUGUGCUGCAAAAUUCCUCAGGGGUUCCAUGAAGAUGGUCGUUCCUGGGAGCACCACCGUAAUUCAGCCAGACCACAGUCUGGGAACGGAAUUGAGCCGAAGCUCAGCAGACAACUCGGUGAUGGGUCCUGAUGCAGAAUCAAUGGCUGAUCAGGUGGGCCCUGAGCUGGAAGAAGUGAGGAAACUGCAAGAGCUUGUGAGGCGGCUGGAGCUCCAGAACCAGCAGCUGAGAACUAGAAGCCUGCGAAGUGUGCCAGAGGCCAAAAUGCUGAGCCAAGCUGAUGCUGGAGUGGAUAAUUGCAAUUCCAGGCUCAACGGCAUGGAAAUGAAUAAUAGCAUCAACGUACUAAUGGAUAAGCAGGAAUUGCAAAUCGUGGCAGACCUGCAUUCAGCCCUGAGUAAAAUAAGGUCAGAAGCAGAGGAAAGUGGCGAGUUCUUUAAAAGGGAUGUGGAGGAGACCACAAUACAGUACAGUUGUGAGAACAGUUCCGACAAAGGGCCCUUCGGGGCAAAGUUUGUGAGCAGUACCCAGGUGCAGAACAGCGAUGCUAACACAAACGUCGUCUCUCGUUGGGAUUGCAACCCCACUAUGUUGCUAGAAGAUUUCGCCCCAGGGAUUGAGCCGGCGUUGCAAAUGAAGGAAGCAAACACCAGCGCGGAAGUCCUCUUGAAUGAAACAACUCUGGAUGAAGUGGAAUUACUGGAGUUAGAGAACGGCAGCGAUGAAGAGGACAGCUGGCUGUAUGUUUCUCCAAGAAAACCACCAGCAGAUAAAAAGGAGUCUCCCCUGAAGUGGUGUAGGCAGGUGUUGGAUCACCCUAGUCCUGAGACUGAGGCAGCUUGCCGUACUCUCCUCAGCAGACUUGACCAAGGUAGGCCUACGGAUUGUCUU